GAGAAUUCCAGUGCCUGCACAAACUUUUCCGAAUACGCGUGUGGCAAAAACGCAGAACGCCACAAAGGUGAACUCUUUAGCGGAAUUUUCCAGGAGAUAAGCCACAAGGUUAACCAUUACCUUAUCGAUGAGCUGCCUCAAAGCUUCGCUUAAAACGCGAAAGAUAGGGCAUUUCUUGAGACUGGCGCCUCCAGGCGAGGGACUCACUUGGCCCCUUUUGACGACAAGUGGAACCGAACUUAAGUGGAUGAACAGCCUGGCAUAUCUAUAUAGCCAAUACGGUUUCACCAAUGUUUUAGUCGACGUGCAGCUCAGAAAGAAUUAUGAAAACAGUACGGAGCACAUUUUCAAGCUAAAGAACCCGAAGAUAGACAAGCUGUUCGAUUAUGGAGCAGCACUAAGAAUUCUUUUUGACUUGAAUAUAGUAGCGAGGCUGCCUCUCUUACAAAACUUAAAAAAGCUGGAGUCGGAUAUUCAGAAUCUAGCCAAAUUUCACGACAAUGGAAAUAUCCAGGUAAUGAGUGUGGAACAGUUGUCGAGAAGAACCGGUUGCGAAUGGCAGGAGUUCAUCCAGACAAUAGUUGGACCCGAAACUCAACCCAGCUUCCGGUUGGAGGUGGAGAACUUUGACUACUUUAUCGCCCUUAAGCGGCUUAUAGACUCCACCGACGCCGAAUUGCUGGGUAACUACAUAAUGAUCCAAUUCGCCAUAUUUCUGCAGGAGGAAAUCGAGGACGGCGGUUAUACCAUCGAUUGCAUCAAGUAUGUGCGGCGCAACAUGUAUGUGGCCGCAAGCAUACUCAUUAUGGAACGCUUUGUACCACAUCUGCCAAUGUUCCAUCAGAAAAUUGAGAAAAUCUUCGAAGAGAUUCGCCAGCAGUUGCUCCUACAAAUCGAGCACAAUCGCCUUGGUCUGACCAGUAAGCAAAAAGAUAUGGUUUCAAGGAAGAUUAGGGCUACUAUUCUCAAUGUAGGCAACCUGCCCAGUCGUUCCCACCAUCGGGAAUUUCUUAACAAAUACUAUGAGGACUUGGAGAUUCCUGUGGCGGAUAAGGACUUUGCACGGGAACACCUCAAUCUACUGCGGUUCAACACUAGAAAGACGGUAACGCAACUCAAUGAGUCGGUUCUGAAUGCGAACAUGGAUUUUAUUCUGCCCGAACCAGCAAGGAUUACAAGCUCUGGGCCGUACUAUCUCAGCCCCGAGAAUGUUAUCGUCCUGCCAGUGGAGCUUCUGCAGGAGCCUUCUUCCUGUUGGACAGCUACGAUGUGUUUGCAUAUAGCUCAAUGGGCUUUGUUCUGGCCCGGGAACUAAUGCACGCCAUCGACAAAGACAAUGUCCAAUACGACAGCAAGGGAACAUUGAAUGAAACUGGCAUUGAAAUCGCAAAUUUGCCCCGGUUCAAGGAGGGUUUGGAGUGCUUGAGUAAUACAAACUUCAUCAACGAUCGCCUGGCCGAUAUCGGUGGGCUAAAUCUCGCCUACUCCGCUUACUUGGAAAGCAAUAAAAACAGUUCAAAGGACGUCAGCUCAGAAAAUUCUAAUAGGAACCAAGGUGCAAGGAACUUUACCAACCUUCCACUUCAGCAGGUAUUUUUCCUUAAUUUGGCGCAGUCCUUCUGCACAGAUGGCUUUCCGAAUGUCGACGGUCAGGAUGAUGAAACCUGGCGUUUGGAGCAAAUGCUGAUCAGCUCCGCUCCGUUUGACAGGGCUUUUGAGUGUCCAGCGAAGGACCGUCAGUGCGAGCUGUGGUGAAAAAAUCAACCAGGAGUGCGAUUGAUUAUGGAACAUAAAUAAAAUGUUAAAAAAAUG